AUGGAUAAACUGUUAUCCCUCCAGAAAAAGUGUGUGUUUGUGGGUGAGAUGGCUGCGCAGGUCGCAGCGGUGCGCGUAGUGCGGGCGGUGGCGGCGCAGGAGGAGCCGGACAAAGAAGGGAAGGAGAAACCCCCAGCUGGGGUCUCGCCGCGGGGGGUGAAGCGGCAGCGCCGAGCGAGCAGUGGGGGGUCUCAGGAGAAGCGGGGGCGGCCGAGCCGGGACCCCCCUCUCGCUCCCCCUCACCGGCGGCGUCGCAGCCGCCAACAUCCCGGGCCGCUGCCGCCAACGAAUGCGGCCCCAACAGUCCCAGGCCCUGUCGAGCCUCUGCUCCUGCCGCCUCCGCCGCCACCUUCGCUGGCACCGGCCGGGCCCGCUGUCGCUGCCCCGCUACCGGCCCCAGGCACCUCGGCCCUCAUCACCUUCUCUCCCCUGACGGCGAGCGCGGCCGGGCCCAAGCAUAAGGGCCACAAGGAGCGGCACAAACACCAUCACCACCGCGGCUCCGAUGGUGACCCCAUUUCCUGCGUUCCGCGCGAUUUCAAGCACAAGGACAAGCAGGAAAACGGCGAGAGGACUGGAGGGGUGCCUCUGAUCAAGGCCCCCAAGAGAGAAACACCAGAUGAAAAUGGUAAAACCCAGAGAGCUGAUGAUUUUGUCUUGAAGAAAACAAAGAAGAAAAAGAAAAAGAAACACCGAGAAGAUAUGCGAGGAAGACGCCUUAAAAUGUACAGUAAGGAAGUACAAACCGUCUGUGCUGGCCUGACCCGCAUCAGUAAGGAAAUCCUCACCCAAGGACAAAUAAAUAGCACUUCAGGAGUUAAUAAGGAGUCCUUCAGGUAUCGGAAAGAUGAACAGCUGUGCCGAUUAAAUUUGGGCAUGCAAGCAUAUCGGGUACCCCAGGGAGUACAAACACCUUUUAUGACUCCAGAACAUUCUAUUUGUAGAAAUUUCUUAAAAACAGGUACUAAAUUUAGCAACUUUAUUCACGAGGAACACCAGUCCAAUGGUGGUGCCCUUGUCCUUCAUGCUUACAUGGAUGAACUCUCAUUUUUGUCUCCAAUGGAGAUGGAGAGAUUUUCUGAGGAGUUUCUUGCUUUGACAUUCAGUGAAAAUGAGAAAAAUGCUGCUUACUAUGCUUUAGCAAUAGUGCAUGGAGCGGCUGCUUAUCUCCCAGACUUCUUGGACUACUUUGCUUUUAAUUUCCCCAACCCUGUGAAAAUGGAGAUUCUGGGCAAGAAAGAUAUCAAAACAAUCACCAUUUCAAAUUUUCACACUCAGGUCAACAGGACAUACUGCUGUAGCACCUACCGAGCAGGUCCCAUGUGGCAGAUAAGUCUUGUUGGAGCAGUAGAUGAAGAAGUUGGUGAUUAUUUCCCAGAGUUCCUUGAUAUGUUAGAAGAAUCACCAUUUCUGAAAAUGACUUUGCCCUGGGGUACGCUUUCCAGCACGCUUUCCAGCCUCCAACUCCAGUGUAGGUCCCAGAGUGAUGAUGGGCCGAUCAUGUGGGUAAGGCCAGGAGAGCAGAUGAUCCCUACAGCAGAUAUGCCAAAGUCACCCUUCAAAAGACAACAAUCAAUGAAUGAAAUUAAAAAUCUCCAGUACCUACCUGGGACCAGUGAACCCCGUGAAGUCCUCUUUGAAGAUAGGACAAGAGCUCAUGCCUACCAUGUAGGUCAGGGGUUUGACUGGCAGAGUACAGCUGCUGUUGGGGUUUUGAAAGCUGUGCAGUUUGGUGAAUGGAGUGACCAACCUCGCAUAACCAAAGAUGUGAUUUGUUUUCAUGCUGAGGAUUUUACUGAUGUUGUACAGAGACUUCAGUUAGACCUUCGUGAACCUCCGGUUUCCCAGUGUGUACAGUGGGUGGAUGAAGCUAAACUAAAACAAAUGAGGCGGGAAGGCAUUCGUUACGCUAGAAUUCAGCUGUGUGACAAUGAUAUUUACUUCAUCCCUAGAAAUGUCAUUCAUCAGUUCAAAACAGCGUCAGCAGUGUGCAGCUUAGCUUGGCAUAUAAGGCUUAAACAGUACCACCCUGUUGUGGAAGCCACUCAAAACACAGAAAGCAGUUCUACCAUGGACUGUGAUUUAACUGGAAAGCAAGAAUUAGAAGUUGACUCCCAGUGUGUGAGGGUAAAAACUGAAUCUGAGGAAACAUGCAGAGAGAUGCAGCUUUUGACAACUGCUUCAUCGUCCUUCCCUUCAUCCGAACUUAAACUACAGCAAGAUCAGAUGACUCAGCCUGUUCCAGUUUUAAAGGUGGAAAGUAGACUGGACUCUGACCAGCAACACAAUCUACAGGAACAUUCGAGCACUCCUGUAUGAUAUGUACAUAUUCAAACACAUUUUUUAACUUUUUUAAAUUUUGAUGUGAAGUUAUAGUUUUAUAACUGGCUUAAGUUAAGUUUUAUUGGAGAAAUCUUGCCUAUAAUUCUAUAAAGAGAAAUGACAUUCCACAAAUGUCAAGCAUAUCUUUUUUACACAGAUUAUGCAAAGUUAAGAGUUGUAUCUUAUCCCGUUAGUACAGUAUGUAAUAGUGGGUCUGCUGCUACUUUCUGUUUUAAGGUGUGAGGUAACAAUUCAAUCUCUUCU